AGUCCUUAGCAACCCAAACAGUAGAGGGCCGAUGCGACGCUGUUGAGUUAUCACCUGCUUUUCACACAGCUUUACUAGUUUAACUUGUAUUAUUAAGUUAUUUAAAUUUCGUUUAUUUUGAGAUGUGUACGAAAACGAGAAGCUUUCAACAUUUGCUGAAAGGAGAUCUGAAAACGGAGGGAUUUACGGUGAAAUCCACCAUGAAGAACUCAGUGGUGGUGGGUCCUCCAGCUUGCGGGGCGUUCAGAGAGAGACCUGCUAAACCGACAGCCUUUCGGAAGUUCUACGAGCGUGGAGACUUUCCCGUUGCCCUGGAACAUGACUCUAAAGGCAACCGUAUUGCUUGGAAGGUGGAGAUUGAAAAACUGGACUAUCAUCAUUACCUCCCUCUGUUCUUUGACGGUCUAUGUGAGACAGUUCACCCUUAUGAGUUCUUUGCCCGCCAGGGAAUCCAUGACAUGCUGGAACAUGGUGGCAGUAAGAUCCUCCCUGUUGUCCCACAGCUCAUCAUACCCGCCAAGAAUGCUCUCAACACAAGGAACAGGCAGGUGAUCUGCACCACACUUAAGGUUCUGCAGCAUCUGGUUGUAUCAGCAGAGAUGGUAGGCGAGGCGCUGGUCCCGUACUACCGACAGAUCCUUCCCAUCCUGAACAUCUUCAAGAACAUGAACUUAAACUCAGGCGAUGGUAUUGACUACAGUCAACAGAAGAGGGAAAACAUUGGAGACCUGAUCCAGGAGACCCUGGAGGUGUUUGAACGCUACGGGGGAGAAGACGCCUUCAUCAACAUCAAAUACAUGGUGCCCACCUACGAGUCCUGCCUCCUCAAUUAAAAAAUUAAAAAGAGAAGAGAAUACACACCGACUUACACACGCACACUCAUAAAGCCAUGUAAUCACAUUCACAAUAUUACACAAUUUCAAUUUCAGACUUUAUUAAACUCAUAAUACAGCUGUUUUCAGUGGAACGUGUCCUGGGGUGUUUGUGCGUACUGUUGCAGUUUGUAUCAAAGGAGACACUCACAUGCGAGGCUAAGCAAUCUAAAGAGAAAAACUCAUUACGAUUACCUGCAUUUCACUUUUAUUCUGUGAGAAAUUAUCUAUUAGGCCACCUCUAUAAAUAUGAUAAAAUUUGAAGAGUUUGGUUACAAAACGCGAUAAAUGGCAUUAAAAAAAAAGUUACCGCCAAAAUCAGUAUUGUAUCAGGUCUGUAUUAAAAAGUAAAUUCUUAAUUUUAUGCAAAAAAAAAUUUCCCAAAACAUGUUAAACGCCAGUCCUAAAAAUCCGCUAAACCAAUCACAACGCACCAUUCCACACAUUGUAAACAAUAAUGGUGGCACGUUGAAUACACACAGAAUCCUAGUUUUCCUCAUUUACUUUGUAUUUCGUGAUCAACAAACAAACAAAAACAAAAUAAUACUUUUGAAGGCAUUGAUAAACCUGUGGUGGUUUUUGGUGGCGGGGAAGAAACGUAAGCCAUCAAAUCAAUUAAUUUACGUGAGAGGCACUCGGGAGACAGGAAAAAUGUCGGCUGUUGCUUUUUCUCCCGACAGCAUCAAGCUUCUGUCAUGCUAACACAUUGACCCCAGGGGAUCUUAUGAAAAACUUUCCAUUAUUUUAUUCAAAGUCAAUGAAAAGCGAGCAGGACCAAAACAUUUUACAGCUGAUCACUGUCAAUAAAGUUUAGCGACGAUGUCCCAAGGAUGACAAAGUAAGUGUUUUGAUUAAUGCCAUUUAUGUUUAUUUUUUUAAUCAGUGUAUACCACUAGUCAACUAAAUGAAUAUAACAUGGCAAAGAUGAAUGCACAUUUAUAUAUUGAUUUGAUAGAUUUAUAGCAUUUUGAAAAAAAAAACUUGUCAUGGAUUUAUUGCAUUUUUCAGAAAAAAUAAUCAGUUUUUAUAAUAAAUAUUUGAAAAUCAAAUUAUGGAUUUGAAAUUUUUCUGUUAUUAUAACCUAAAGAUGCUAUGUGAAAGUUUGUAACAGAAAAUAGUGCUUUUCAUCUUGGUCACUUUCUAUAGAAAACACAUUUUUACCAAAAUUAGUCAAAAUGGAUUUAUUGCAUUUUGGAACCAAACUUUUCAUUUCCACCAAUGUGUAUAAAAUCUCAUUUUGCCACCAGAUCUGUUCUGUGUGGUCCAUGCUAAAGUCUCACAAUCUUAUUUUUUUAUAUCACUUUACUUAGUAAAUAUUAAAAGGUUAUAUUAAAAAAAAUAUUAUUACAUUAUAUAGGAUGAUUUUAUGUACAAAACAGUAAAUCACAAAAAAAAUGGGUUUUCACGGGCAGGGUUAUGUAUAAUACCACUUUUAAAGGUCACAGAUUAGAUAAAGCUGUUUCCUAAAAUAAUAAUCUUCUCUUGUUAUUCUUUACUACCUGCUAUCUUGCUAACCCCCUCUUUACUACUUCCCAUUAAAUGACUUCCAUGAUACUUCAAAGCUUUAUUUUGCUUGGUUACAAGGGUGAAAAAAUUAAAGCCAGUGGCCGGUUGCAUAAAACUUUAAAGUUAGUCUUAAAAGUUAGUCAUGAAUUUUUUUCUUCAAGACUGAUCAUAACUGUUUUAAGUAUGUUACAUAGAAAGGUAGAUUGGUCUAAUUUAAAUCCAAAUAAUAAGACUGAUUAGCCCUAACUAAUUGCUAGUUAGUUAGAAUCAUUCUUAAGACGCAGUCUUAAUGUCACGGCUAUGUUUAUGCAACCGGCCACAGCUGUGUAAAUGAUUUUAAGACAAAGCAGAAGCAUCUCCCCACUGGUUGCUGUGGUCUGAAUGAACGUACAAGCGGUAAAUCAUAAUCCCAUUCCCAGAGCUCAUCCAAGGUGUUUCAGAUGUAUCUAACUUUCCGUUCAUUCCCAAUGGCACACAAAUUCUCAAUAAAUGGUCCCAAGCUGUCACAUGAGCGGUACCUUUUGCACCUAAAGACUUCAUAUUAGUACCUCAAAUGUACAUAUUGGUACCAAAUGUAUACAUAUCUGUAGCUAAAUGGUAAAUAUUAGGACCUUUUUAAAGGGUACUGCCCAGCAGUGACUAUUUUUCAACCAUUUUGUAGGUGCUCAUCUGGUGCAUGUAACCCUGGAAGUAUACAAAUUAAAAUUUUAAUAACGGGAGUACAUAAGUUAUUGUACUGUGGAUGUGACUCAUCUCUCUGAUGCCGGGUUAUUUUGGCAUUACUUAGUAUGUCUGGGGCAACUGGGCAUUUAAAACCAUAUUAAUGACUAAAAUGUACUUUUCUCUGUCUCUUCUGGGCAACGGUUUGUUGGAUAUUUCUGUUUUAUAUUGGAGUGUUUUUGGCUGAUUGAUCUUUUUUGGCAGUGGUAAAACAUCCCUGCCAAAAGGCAACAUUGAUCGGUUCAUUAUUUCAUUUGACUGCCUCUUCUUUUAUAAGUGUGCAGAGAGAUAAAAGUAACUUUGCCAAAAAUGAUCUUAAAGUCUGCAGUCUCAGCUAUGAAUAUGUUUGUUUUUAGGCUUUUCUUUGAUGAAUUUUGAUGUUUCUGAUUAUGCAUUUUAUCUACAAUCUAAAGGAUUUGAGUGUAAAAUAACUCAAUUAUUCAAAUAGCAACAUUAUGUGCUUUUGAAAGUCAUGAACCUGUAUGAGCUGGAGCCUACGUGCCAGACACAAUGUCUGAAAUGAAACGUUUAUUUCAAAUGAACUCAUUUAUCAGAACACAAACACGCAUUUCUCUCAUGCUUAAAGGAAAACACCACCAUUUUUCAAUAUUUUACAAUGUUCUUACCUCAGCUUAGACAAAUUAAUACAAACCUCUUUAUCUAUCUUUUUUCAAUCCACCAAACACUUCCAUGUUUUCCCUAUUUAAAGACUGUUACAUGAGUAGUUACACAAAUAUGUA